AUGUUGGGGAAUCAGUCUAGUGCCACUGAAUUUUAUCUCCUUGGCUUUCCUGGCUCCGAAGAACUACACCAUAUCCUCUUUGGUAUCUUCUUCAUUUUCUACUCAGUGACAUUAAUGGGAAAUACAGUCAUCAUUGUGGUUGUCUGUGUUGAAAAACGUCUGAAGUCCCCCAUGUAUUUCUUCCUUGGCCACCUCUCUGCCUUGGAGAUCCUGGUGACAUCCAUUAUCGUCCCUGUGAUGCUCUGGGGGUUGCUGCUCCCUGGGAUGCAGACAAUAUCUCUGACUGCAUGUGUCACCCAGCUCUUCCUGUAUCAUGCUGUGGGGACCACAGAGUUUGUAUUACCGGGAGCGAUGGCUGUGGACUGUUAUGUGGCAGUCUGUAACCCUCUGAGGUACAACAUCAUUAUGAACAGCCGCACCUGCAACUUUGUGGUAAUUGUGCCAUGGGUGUUUGGGUUCCUUUUUCAAAUUUGGCCAGUUUAUGCUGCAUUUCAUCUUUCCUUCUGCAAAUCAAAUGUGGUGAACAGUUUUUCCUGUGACCGAGGGCAAUUGCUCAAACUAUCCUGCAAUAACACUCUUUUCAUGGAGUUUAUCCUCUUCUUAAUGGCUGUUUUUGUUCUUUUUGGUUCUUUGAUCCCUACAUUUAUCUCCUACACCUACGUCAUCUCCACCAUCCUCAAGAUCCCCUCAGCCUCUGGCCGGAGGAAAGCCUUCUCUACAUGUGCCUCCCACUUCACUUGUGUCGUGAUCGGCUACGGCAGCUGCCUGUUCCUUUAUAUGAAACCCAAGCAAACGCAGGCAGCUGAGUACAACAGGGCUGUUUCCUUGUUGCUUUCAGUAGUUACUCCUUUCCUCAACCCUUUCAUCUUCACCCUCCGAAAUGACAAAGUUAUAGAGGCCCUUAGGGAUGGAGGGAAACGAUGCUGUCAACUAUUCAGGAGCUAG